ACAUGCUCUUUGUUGUUUACAGGCAGUACGGUCGGGUCUGUGGUCGGCACCAUCCUGCUUGAACGAAUCGUCAAUUUCCUUGGUCAAUUUUGCCCGUCUUUGGAUCAACAUACCUAUCUCCCUGCCGUUCCGUUUUUUGAUUGCCUGUUCACCAAGAAUGUGUCGGCAGCUCGCCCUUGCGAUGUCGGAUAUUCACCCUCAAAAGCACGAUUUUCUUCGCUCGUCCUUGGAGGUCUCCUUCAUCCUCUGUUCUUUAUUAUAAUGGGUACCGCUCGUAAUUAUCCAGCGUUACUUCUGGCAUAUGUUAUUGCCGCGUUCGCACGCUCUUUCUGGACCUGUGAGUACUUGAAUUUUUACGUUGUGUCUACACCCAAGAAGCCCCUUGGGGUUUUACUGGGAUGUUGGUGCAUUGGGUCAUUUUCAGCCCCGCUUGUAUGCCAAACACUCAUGGCAAAGGGAAUUCUCUGGAAGCAUUUUUAUCUUGGCUCCUUAGUUAUCUCUGCAAUCGCUUUGAGCUUGACCAUCUUUUCUUUCCGUCCAACGCGCAAUGAGUUGCUGACAGACCGCAAGGCCGCACUCGACGCUAUGCAAAUUAUGUCAAGUGCCCACAGCCCUGGGACUGACACGAUAAUACAACCAUUCCAUGAAGAGAAAGUCCGAGCUUUGUCGAUGCCAUACCAAUGGGCCUUUUCAUUGUUCGCGUUUAUUUACGGCGGUAGCGAGACCACUUUUCAAGGAUUUAUCGUUACCUAUCUCCUUACCAAUCGGGGUUCCAGUCCGGACACCGUCGGGUACGUCAGUAGCGGCUUUUGGGGAGGCAUGGCUGCUGGCAGAAUUUUAUGGGGAUAUUAUUGCACUGGCUUGACCUUUACCCAGCGCAAACAUAUUAUUCAUGCAUGCACAGGCGUUUCCUUCCUCAUGACCAUCCUUAUUUGGUUUGUUAACUCGACAAUCGAGAACGCCCUUUCAUCCGCCGUGGUGGGUUUGAUGUAUGGGCCUAUAUUCCCCGGGACACUAGGUCUUUGUAACAAUGUCCUGCCGAGAGACGUACACAUGGUUUCAAUGGCUAUUCUCACUGCCAUUGCUAGUGUAGGAAGCGCCGUGCUCCCCUUCAUGACCGGUAUAAUCUCGAACAAGGACGGCAUGAGAGUCUUCUGCUAUGUGACAGUCUCUCAAACUGUGGCCAUGUUCGUCCUUUGGCUCUUCUUUCCCUCGUCUCUACCUGUGCGCGUUUCAAGUUCCGCGUGA